CAGAUAUCGGGAAGAUGCCGGCGAUCAGCGACCAGGACAUGAACGCCUACCUGGCUGAGCAGUCCCGGAUGCACAUGAACGAGUUCAACACCAUGAGCGCGCUCUCAGAGAUCUUCUCCUACGUGGGCAAGUACAGUGAGGAGAUCCUUGGACCUCUGGACCACGAUGACCAGUGUGGGAAACAGAAACUGGCCUACAAACUAGAGCAAGUCAUAACCCUCAUGAGCUUAGACAGCUGAGAACCAUCCUUCCAGGCUGCCCUGGAGGGGGACACACCAAGCCGUGCCUCAGUCUAGAUUAUCAUCUUUACCAAGUGCAAGUUCCAACUGGCAUCAGCAGCAUCCCCUGAGCAGCGCUGUCUCUCUCUCUCUCUGCCUCUUUCUGUUUCUCCUGCCUUCCUGGGUCUUCCCUCUUUCAGUUGUUCUGCCAACAUGAUUGGACCAAGCCACUGACCCUCAGUUAGUCCAGGGAUGUCCAGGUCCACGGCAAGAGACCUGACCAGAAGAUGUCAGAGCACUCUCUCACAGCUGCUCCUGACCCCACAUGUCAGUACAGGGCCCAAAUACAGAUGAGGAGCCGUGGACAGAGGACGUUUCUGUGCUGCUA